AUGGCUCGUCACAACGUCCGCACGGUUCUACUCGUAGCACUGGUUGUCCUACUGGGCGCCUCGAUCCCGGCAGACGUGGCGGCGUGGAGGGUGAACUGCGCGGGCAGCGCCAACAAGAUGCCCGGCAGACUCAUCAGCGAGUUGCAAACAAGUCUCGAGAAGGAGAAAGUUCCCGCCUUCACCUUCGGCCGACGGCAAGCCGACGGAUUCCUCGAUAUCUUCGUCUACAAAACGACGGACGCGGUAAACGUGAAGUUCGAUUUAAGAAUGGAGAGCAUCUACAUGCCGGUCACGCGCACCAUCAACUUCGGUCCCAAGGGUGCCCUAGGCCCCGCGCUGAUCAGCAUUCCCGGCAUCCCGAGCCUCAAGAACUGGCACGACGACGGGCCGAAGAUUAUCUCCACGGGGUGGAUCAUGAAUGCGCAUCGCACGCCGUCGCUCAACGACCCGAAUGUGACAGUAGCGGAAGUGCUAGAGCAGAUGGACGCGAACCCGGGCGCGUAUUACGCGUCGAUCACCACGCCGAUCAACGCGCUGGGGCUCAUUCGCGGGCAGUUCCGGAGAGAUGCCUUCCGCUCGUGCAGAUUAUUCUGA